CUCCUCAGUCGCUAUCGAACCUGCCUUUAGAUAGUUUGUCAAUUAAGCUUUCUUCAUUUCAUCGUGGCUCACAUUUUUCAGGAGAUUUUCCUCUAAAUCGGCUUUCUGAUAACACAUGAUUAUUUUCACUGCAGUGUCUUGUGUUGUGUCUUAAGAAAUCAGUGAUUGCUGAUAGGGCUCUUAUCACAAAUUUGUACUUGACGCUCUUCUGUCUCUAAUCUAUCGGAUUGUGGACUAUAUUGAGAAGUUCUUAACAAAAAAAAAAUACGAAAUAGCUAAACCACGUUUCUUACAUAAGGCAUUUUCCGGAGUAUAAUCUCUAUUUCUGAAAGAAACGUGUGAUUGAAAGUGAAAUUUUGUGGUUUUUCUCGUGGUAUUGAAUGUGCCUUCAAGUGGAAAGUUUCACAUACUUUUCAAUCGAUUUAUUCUCUCAUAGUCAAUUCUCACUUCCCUUGCGGAAAAAGCCACGAAAAAUCCAGUGAAAAAGUUUUAUUGACAAGUGCCAAAAUAUCCAUGGUUCACCGACAAAAUUAACACCUUGAUAUCAGCUACCAAUCAUCAGAUAUCACAAGAUUGUCCGAGACAGUGCAUGGAGUUUUGGCGCCAACAAAAAGUGGGACAAAUGCCAUGAGUUGCGGCUGAUGAAAGUGAAUUGCAUUUGGGCGGAAUAUAGGUGUUGAGAUGUGAAGAGGUGCAUCAUCGGGAGGAGUGCAAGAGUUUGGGUAACACAGUUACAACAAAAAGAAUAUUCCUUGGAUUGGAAGCCGGUAGCCGGUCAUUAAUGUAUAAGAGGACUGCAUGGUAUGAAUCAGUUAAACUCUACUGCUUUCGCUACUCAGCCAGAGACCCACGCCUCAGAAAUAGCCACAAUCAAUGUGGUGAAUUAAGGGGAGGCAUCUUGGCGAACGACAAGUAAAGAUUCGUUUUCGCGAACCGCGACAUUGUCAGUUUUUCUUCCUCAUUGCGUCUACCAGUGUUUUGAUUUUGCUCACCCCAGCAACGCACAAAAAUCUCCUUGUGAUUCCUGCCAGUGAUUGGAGCAAGAGGAUUCGUGGAGAGUAUCAAGUGUCCAGGAAAAGCUCCCUUAUCAUCAUUCAAAUUUUCCGGUUUUAGCACAAAGGCCAAGGAGGACACAUCACCUGGGGAUCUUUAAUCAAGUCAAGUGCGCAAUUGGUGCUUUUUACCCUCAAUCUGCGACUGCCUGGACAAGUGCCAAGAUUGAGCCCGUGUGUUAGAAAUCUUGCGCGCUUCAAUGGAAUCCCCGAAGCAUCUCACAACAAAUUCCCACCGGAUUGAUGUUCAAGUGCCGCAGAAAAAUGGCAUUGCCAAGGACCAAAUUGCACUCAUCCGGUCGAGCCUCCUAAGUCCCAAUGAGGUGACCUUCUGCAAUGUCUCAGACGUUAGCAGUGGUAGUUCCGGGAAACGUCGUCGGAGACUCACAUCCACAGACACCGAUGUGGACUCUAUCGUUUCCUCCGGAGAUCACAAGCAAAAGCCCCAGAUACCCGAUGGAGGAUUCGGAUGGGUUGUGGUAUUUUCCAGUUUGAUGGUCUCACUGAUUUCUGAUGGAGUCUCAUUUUCCUUCGGACUUAUCUACACCGAACUCCUAACGUACUUCCAGGAUUCCUCCCCGUCUAAAACAGCCUGGGUAGGAUCGUUAUUUUUGGCUGUGCCUCUUCUUUGCGGGCCUAUUAUGUCCAAUCUUGUGGACAAGUAUGGAUGCAGGAAGAUGACAGUGGUUGGCGGAUUACUGUCAGGGAUUGGUUUCGUACUAGCUUCACUUUGUGAUUCCAUUGAAGGUCUCUAUGUAACAUUCGGGAUAAUUGCUGGACUAGGAUUGGGAAUUGGAUAUGUUACAGCUGUUGUGUCCAUUGCUUUCUGGUUUGAUAAAAAGAGAACUUUUGCCACGGGAAUUGGGGCUUCAGGGACGGGGCUGGGUACUUUUAUUUAUGCCCCCUUUACGCAAUGGCUCAUUGAGAUGUUCGGCUGGAGAGGAGCUACGUUGAUUUUGGCGGGAACACUAUUCAACAUCUGCGUCUGUGGAUGCCUGAUGCGAGAUCCUGAUUGGCUGAUUGAGGAGAAUAGACUGGAGAGUUUGAGUGAAACAGCCUCCAAUAAUAACUCCAGCGUCGCUCUGGAUGAGAUUAAGAAGCUCCUGGAGACAGGAACUCCCAAGGAAGAUGUCCUAGACACUCUUAUGACAAACUACAAUACAGAAGCUAAUCAACAGAUCCCUCUAGCAGAGGACAUAGCCAUUGCUAAGAAAUAUCUCAGUGAAAUUGUCCUGCCCACUUAUUUAGAAUCCAAGGAUUCUGACGUUGAGGGAAGUAUCAAAUUCGGAAGUCGUCGGUCUCUGAGGAAGACCGAACGAGAUCCUUCAAUUGCCAGUGAUCUACUGACAGUGAAGGCAGAGAAGAAGGACAAUCAUAUUGCCAGCAUGGAAACACUCAAUGAAUCUGAAAAAAUUUCAUCUACAGAGGAACUUGCUCACAGUUAUUCCCAGGACGAUCUCAAUUCAAUGAAGAUUCCCUGGGCUAUUCAGAAGAUGAAUUCCAGUCGAUUGUCAUUGGAUGAAUCUCUCAUGACGACGCAUCCUGUCUCCGAAAUCGGAAGUAUUCGCAGAAGCUUUCGUGGGAAUUCCCUGGAUGCUGUCUUCGAGAUGGAGCCAAAUUCUGCAAUUCCCUCGAAACCUGAAGUAUCAACAGUCAGUGCAGAGAUUCCUCUUAUGGUGCCCAGCGUAACUGUGACCAAGCCAAGAGGGAUUCGAAGUCAUAGUGUGAAGAAGAGACAUGCAAAUGUUGACAUCCGGGGAUUCCCUUCUAUGAGAACUUCGAAUUUCUACUGGAACAUGAGAGUUCAUCGGAAUUCCAUCCACUAUAGAGGAGCCCUUCUAAACACACACAGAUACCGACUCAGAGCCUCUUCUUGUCCCAACAUCUACAGGAAUUCAAUGACAACGUUGGCUAAGGAGGAGGAUGAGACUUGGUACGAUAGUUUCAUUGAUAUUAUGAAGGCAAUCUUCGACUUCUCACUCUUCAAGGAUCCCAAAUUCUUCAUCUUUAAUCUUUCCACAUUCUUUCUAUUCAUCUGGUUUAUCAUCCCUUACUUUUACAUAACGGAGCACCUGAAGAAAUACAACUUCCCAGAAGAGGAUGCUGCCAAUUUAAUAGCCGUUAUUGGAAUUUUCAACACAAUCGGAAUGGUUUUUUUGGGAUGGGUGGGAGACCAACCAUGGCUCAAUGUUAAUAAAACAUAUGCCUUCUGUUUAGUGGCAUGUGGAUCAUCUGUUUGUCUUAUGCCUGUCGUUGAGGAUAAUUACGUGGCCCUAAUGGCUCUAGCGGUGCUCUUUGGCAUCACUUUCGCCAGUUGUUUCUCCUUCACGCCCAUCAUUCUGGUGCGUUUAGUGGAUUUGGAUGAGUUCACAUGUGCCUAUGGACUUGUUUUGCUAGUGCAGGGCGUUGGGAGCUUAGUAGGACCUCCUCUGGCUGGUGCCAUUUACGACUGGACACUGAGGUGGGACGACUCUUUCUAUGCUGCAGGAUUCUUUAUAGCUGUAUCUGGAGCUUUGGCCUACGUGACAGGAAUUCUCGUGGAUCGAGAAGAUGACGAGGAGAACUACAGCAAUCAGUGAUCCCAGUCACAAAUUACAAUUUAUCACACACGAAUUUCACAAUCAAACACAUAUUAAAAGGUCAUCUACUUUUCCACUGCCGGUUCUCACGAGAGAAAAGUCAAGAGUUAUUUUCCGAGGAGCACAAAAUCACCUUUUGCCACUUACAAUUUUUUCUAUAUAGCUGGGAAACAUUUAGGACACAAAACAACAAAUUUGUAGUAAAAACGAAAAUUUAGUGAUUUUUGGGGAAUUCGUACAAAAACGUGAUAAACUUUUUUCUACGAGAGACUGAACUAUCAUUGAAAGUGGUUAUGUUAUUUAGCUUAUGAAAGAAAAAAGUCUUUUAAAAAAAAACUUUUAGAAAUCAAUCAAUUAAAAAAAAAACAAAGUUUAAAGUGAACAAAGUACAUCGAUUGCUAGAGUAUUAGACAAAAAUUAGUGUUGAAGAAAUGUAUUUAAUCUUGAGAGUCUAUUAAAAAAGUAUUUUUUCUCUAAAA